AUGUUUGCAGUAGGAAGACUGAAGGGGGACUGGGUAUCAAGUCUAUCAAGCUGUGGAAUAUUGCUGCAUUGGGUCUCAACCAAUAAGCUGAAAAGGCUUAGCUUUUGGGGAAUCACAAAACCUCAUAAUUGUUCAUGGAGCUGGAGGAACCUGCUGAAAAUAAGGGACCAGAUCAUUGGAUUCUUUGAUUAUAAAUUGGGUAAAGGAAGUAGAUUUUCCUUUUGGUAUGACCCAUGGCUCAAUGGGAGAUCAGUGACUGAAACUUUCCCGGAGGUAAAGAUCCUUGAUGCAGACAUUCCUAAACAAGCAGUUGUCAGUGAUGUUUGGAAGGAUAAUAAUUGGAUGUUACCAGAUCCAAUAGAUGAGAGCACAUACGCAGCUUGGGAUCAUAUCAAGAGCAAUUACAGGGUUAACUUGGAGAUAGAAGAUGUGAUUAGAUGGAAGAAUCAAAAGAAUGGCAGCUUUACCAUCAAGAGUCUUUGGAAUAGUUUAAAUCCAACUAACAGUAGAGUGUCUUGGCACUCUUUAGUUUGGUUCCCUGAGCAUAUCCCUAGGCACUCAUUCAUUACCUGGAUUGCUUUAAAGGGGAGGUUACAAACCAGAGAUAAGUUACUAAGGUGGAAGAUCAUUAACUGCAAUGUCUGUCCCCUCUGUAAUGCAGCUGCUGAAAAUAUUCCCCAUCUUUUCUUUGAGUGUUCUUAUUCCAAAAGAAUUUGGGAAUCUAUCCUGGUUAGCUUAAACUUUCAUAGACUGGUGCUUGACUGGAGGAGAGAAAUAAGCUUUCUUAGCAGGAGAUGUAAAGGUAGAUCUAAGGAAACUAAGAAGAGGAAGAUAAGUUUUUGUGCUGCAGUCUACUGGAUCUGGAAAGCUAGAAAUGAAGCUGUCUUUAACCAGAAGAUUAUGUCCACUGAGAUGGUGGCCUUUAGAAUCAAGGAAGUUGCUAGAGCUAGGCUGAAUCUGUAA